AUGCAGCUUCUGCUGCUAGCAACCUGGUUAUGGAUACCGGGAAUUCAGAUGAUAACCCAUUGGAAAAGGGAUGACGAUGGGGUGAUGCGAUCUCUGAGGUAUUCACCAUUUAUGAUGAGCGAUCCGGGAAAUUUGGUGAAAUUUAUUGAACAAACCAAGUUGGUCGAUACAACAGUGAUUGCCAUCAAGGAGCUCAAUGAGAAAGUGGACGACUUGCAUACCACGCUAAGUGGUGAUGAUCCGAAGCUGGAGCACAAGAUUUACCGAACAAAUCCCGACUGCGUACUGGCGAAAGGCUCGCCUCUCCCGACCUCAAGCUAUUUGACAAAUUAUGCCGUCGAGCAAACGCGGGAAUAUGUUGCUCAGGCUCGACAGGACCUUCUGGCGGAAAUGUCCCGCACCCCCGCUGCAACAACUGAGCAGCCAAAAUGUAGAACCACGCAGACACGUGAAGCCUAUGAGUUUCUCCAAGCAUUACCGCUUUUCCGGGACCCAUCACAGCUGACCUUAAAGCAUGCUCCGGAUAUGGUCAAGGCAUCGCUUCCGCUUUGGGAAACGAUUGAGCUGCUACCUGGCGAGACACGUACUGAAGCGUUGGGAAGAUGGCUGGUCGCCGCUUUGGCAGACCCGAAUGAGAAAAUCCGUGGUCACCCAGUGGUCCUACUUGGAGCGUCCACAUACUGGCGUAUCUUGGGGAAUGCCGAAGAAGCUGUCAUUUGUGCACAGUCGGCGUUAUAUCAAGCAUCGAUUAGUUAUCCAACCUUCGAACCCUAUGCCCUCUUUACCCUUGGUAACAUCUACCAUAUGACCAGACAUUCCGAGGAGGCCAUGCUUUUAUAUCAGCUGAUUUUAACCGACGAAAGAUACGAAAACCAUAAAUCCCUACGUGCAUUGGCGUAUGCUGCCCUUGGCGAUGGAUAUGCUGUUGCGGAAAAUAUCUCCAAAGCUGCCUUCCACUUUAAAAUCGCUCGAGAAAUCGCAUCGGCUGAUGAGACGCAGAUGGAUAAGGACCAAUGGAACGAAAAGAUUGGAACAAUCGGCUGCCUGGCGACGAUGUAUACUAAAUUGGAGGGCCAAAUGAACUCGUUGGACGGUUAUAUCCAGAAUAGUGGGGCCUACGAGGAGAAGCGUGUCGAGAUAGAGGAGAUGCAGAAAGUGGUGCGUCUAAAUCUAAUGACGGAGGAUGUUGUCCAGCAAAGUCAUAUGCGCUACGAACAAAUGAAAUACGGCCCGACGCCCACCCGUAGAUGCGUGGUGGUGCACGUAGGAAAGCGUCGCUUGGAGCAGAUCCAUUGUUAUUUGUCGUCAACCGUGAAAGAAUAUGAGAAAAUGAUCGCCCGCCUUGAACCCGAGGAGCUGCGUGCAUCGCCACAGAACGAUACGCUCGAGUGGAAGACAGCGCCCGUUUGGCGGCGGGAGCGUGCUUUUGAUCAGAAGUUGGCUCAGUUUGUCGGGAUGAGAAUGGAUGAGCCACCAGUUGCCCCGAAAUAUCCCCUCGAUAAAGAAAAGCUCCGUAAUCUGGCCCCAGAACGCUAUUGGCGGCGUGCCGAUUGGCCGAAUAGCCACGAAUGCGCAAAGGGAAUGCUUUGGGAUGAGGAAUUGUUUGGAAACAAUUCGAUCUACCCCUAUUUCAUCUCCCCUGAUAACAAGGGAUUUAUCGUGGCUGACCUGCUAACAAAAUAUCUUGGAUUGGAGAUUGCCGAUGAACAUCCAUUACCGUGGGAUGAGCCAGAUUGCGGUCGCUAUAAUCAACAUCGAACACUGAUGGCCACGGAAUUUAAAAUACCCCCGGAAGUGUGGACGAGCAAAUUUGAUUAUAAUGAACGCGAUCUUAGAUCCACUUUUGUCCGAUUGGCCGACAAAAGACUCGAAUUAAUGGAUGUGGCCCAGCGAGUUCGAUCUCUAAUUGAAAACAAUAUUGGCCCAAAAUGGAUAUCCCUGAAUCUGGCCACUUUGUACUAUCGAGUUAUCGGGAAAGCCGAGGAAGCGGCGCGUUGUGCUAUUGUAGCGGCGAUGGAAGGGCCGGAAUACGCCGACGUUGCAUUCACGCAAUUGGCGCAGAUUCUAUUUCGGGUAACCGGAAAUGCCGAUUAUUCCAUCGACAUCAUGCGGGUUAUUGCUAAUUAUGGGGCGGAUGAGCCACUAUAUCACUAUUUAAUGGCCCGAUUUCAUAUUAUUGCAUAUCGGGUGGAUGAAGGAAUUGCCCAUUUAAAAGAAGCUCUCGAUCGUGAUCCCUCUCUUACUGUAGCUCACGAUGAUUUGUUACAACUUGUCUGCAAAGGAAAAAGCUCAAAAGUUGGGGUUCGUGAUAUGUUCCCAAAUGUGUGUUGCUCGUCGCUGGUGCAAAAUGCCGUUUGUAUACGGCCACCAAGAGCCCCGGAACAAUGCUACGUAGUAGGGGAGGAGACUGGGAAAUUGAUCUACGCACGAUGCAAUGGAUUAUAUACGGGCCUCUCUGAGAAAACACAUCCGCUCGUCAACCUAGUAUCUCCAUUUUUGCGGGUAUUCCCGAAAGGGUCUCGUCACGAUCUUAUAAGAUAUCAUGUUGAUGAGGGAAUUGUACAGCAUAUUGAGCAUGAUGAGUUACCGUUAGACCACGGUGGCUCGGCUGAAUUCUUCGUGAAGCAUGAUAGGUGGUGGGAACGGGCUACACACACCGUUCGUUGGAAGCAACCGGAGCCGGAAGAAAUAAGUGAUUGGUCUGAAACAAUCGAUUAUCAACAACCACAAAUUCCGCCGCGCCCACUUUCAUUCUUGUGGAUUAAUGAUAAGAAGGAGAUGCUGCGGUAUGAUAUUCGUCUACCAGAGGUACUGCCGAGACCAUUGCCAACCCAAGUCCAAGCUGGCCUCCAAAUCUUCCCUCCCCCAAGAACUGCCACUCAAAUGUGCAGUGGCGUCAAGAAACUCUCAAUCCUGCUUGAAACACCCGUCCCGACUUGGGUUUCUGUCACCGCCAAGGGAGAAGACCUCGAAAAAUACAUCGACAUUCGGGCUCCAGUCCCUUCAGUAGCCGGUCUCGUGCCGGAAUGCCCGGAAUUGAAGCCAAGCCAGCAUUCCCCGCUUCUCACCCUCGAUCAUCUGCCCAUUCAGCCAUUGGCCGAUCAGUUCCUUUUCUACAAGCCCGAAAAGGGUCUCACGGAGUCGCUCAAGUCGCUGGGGAACGAUCGGGAAAGUAUCGAGCACGUUGCCGCCCGUCUCCAUCAUGCCCUCAAAUUCUCACAGGCAAAUCCGGGGAUGAAUGGAAAAGAAAGUGACGUCCACUGGUUGUUAACGGUAGUAUCCUCGUUAUACUGGAGGGUGGUUGGCGAUGCACCGAAAGCUAUUGGUUGUCUACGGUAUUCACUCAAUCAUUGCCCGCCACAUAUGCGGGAUGUCGCGCUGGUUGCCCUAUCCAACGUCUGCCACCAAGCCGGCUUGCUGCAUUCGGCGCUCGUCACCGCUGGUAUGGCCCUCGAGCAAUCCCCUCAUCUUGCCGCUAUUCACGUUACUGUGGCCAACAUUUAUGCAAGCAUUGGCGACUACGAGCGUGCUCUCCAGUUCUACUACUCCACUCUCAGCUUGCAAAACAACUUUGAGCCGGCAAAAGAUCGUAUUCGGGCCAUUUACUGUCAUUCUGGGCAGACAUUUAAUUUCCAUAAU